CAUGUCCAUGGCGGCUCAAGUCUUUGAUGCUCAAUCGCUGAAAAAUAUCGGCAAAAAGGCUUGUGGGGGCCUGUACCCGCUACUUCCAACGUUCUCAAACAUUAUGUGGAUUUCGUUACAGGGCUUGCGCUUGGAAACGACGACGUUUCAUCUCAGCCCUUUUCCAGCUUCCUCAGUGGCUUGGUUCCAGGCGCCAGAAAAGGGCUUUCUCCAGCGGUUGACGGGGCAUCGAUCCAGAGCCCGUGUUCCUGUUGGCAGACUGUCGGGGUUGGUAACAACGGUAGGUCCCUGGGAUCCCUGAGAACCAUUUUUGCGUGGCAGGGCCCCAGUCUUGUCUGAACAUGUUGUAACCUCAGACCCGUCCCUCUAACGCUCAGCAGGCUCAGCAUAGCGAGCAGACAGUAUGCACAGCACAAAGAAUGAAUUGUGCUGUAGGGAGGUCAUGCCUGAAAAAUCUCGAAUUGAUUGACCUAGUUGACGACCACCCUACAGUGAAUAUUUUCUGGCUGGUGUUGUUGAUGAACAGGGUAGUGAGCAUGUUGUUUCUCGGGGCGCUACUGAAAAAGAAGACCCCCAUGUGUGAUCUCCGGGUGUGGGUCAGACGCAAGGAGGAGACUGGCAUGAACCCCUUUGCAGCCAUCCCUAGAGGACGUUGAUUGGCCGCUAAAGCCAAGAAUGCAGGCCAUCAAAAUCGGGAUGACUUCGGACGACCUUUUAUCUUUUUUUUUUUCUUUUUUUUUUUUUAUCGAAUUGAUUUAUGCAGCCUUCUUUUAAUAUUCUUUCAUGUUUUUGGUUUGCAAAGAUUAUACGUUUAUAAGACGUGGCAUCAGCGGAGCUAAAACGAUUACUACGUAUACCAGGUUUGAUAGGUUCAGUGAGACUCAAGACCAUUACGAAGACUGGACGAUACUACCAAAAGCGGAAUUUGAAUCGAUACCUCACCGCUGGGUAAUGCCAAAACCAUCCGAGACAAGCCGAUGAACAAGCUCGGUACUACAUAGAGCCCGCGCAUAUCCUUGUUGAGUGUUAUGUCAGGCAAGCUGGGCAGUUUGUGCAACGCGGCCCAGCUCCUUACAAUCACGUCUCGCCCCUUCCUAGCCCCUUCAACCUCUCGUUGUGCCGUACAGGGGGAUAGGAGUAUCAGGUCCUGAAGAGCUCGAGACCCGACCCUGGCAAGCCACUCAGAUUCACAAUGCAAAUGACAGUAAACGGGUAUACCGGCACCACUGCGCUACAGUACGUGCCUUCACAAACGUCUCCGAAUGAGCACUUGAUCCGCCACACAAACUAAGAGGGGCGUUACUGUUGUGGACACUGCUACGAAAGGCCGUUUUUAUGCGUCUUUUGCUGUGGCGCAGAGUUUCUGAAUUCAUACCAAAGGCGGUGCCAUAUGCAACUAUGCGCUUCAGUUAUAACACUCUCUACGGGUAGACCAUGGGGCUCUCGAAUUCUGAUCGUUGCACAAACCUGUCCUUAAUACGGAGCACAAAACAUGAUGAUAUGUAGCCUCCAGGCGGUCGCAUAGGCUGAAAAAUCAGGCCAGAGCAGCACAAUCAGCCUAAAAUCAACGGCGAAACUGACAGUUGUUGCCCACGACGGCAGGACCCGUUUCUCUGCACCGAUGAAAGCCACAGCGCUAAAUACAGAUGGCAACCGGGACGGUGGGGGUGUCACAGUGCCACUGCACAUCGGACAAAAACCCAUUGUCGAAAAGAGAUCGACCAAGGAUUAGUGUUUGGUGGAGUCACUAAUAAUACAUCCCUUUUUACGUGUGUGAAAUGCGUGGUAAACAGCCCCCACUUAGGACCCGAAAGGAGCAGUGGAAAGCCAAGACAAAGCCAAGAGUAGCUCCUAGCCUUGCAAGGGAGAGCUCCGGUGCCAUACGGGGAGCAUGGGAGAGCGUGUUGUAGUGUCCGGAAUAUUAAAACGUCUCGACGGUAGGUUCGUAUCGAGCGGUCGCGAUGUUCUGUUCUUUUGGUCUUCAGUCUUCUCAGUUGUAGGCCCAAAACCUUUGUCAUUUAGUCGUUUUUGUUCUGUCAUUUUCCUUCCCCCUCCUUUUCUUCCCCCCACCAUCAUCCUCCCUCUCAGCGGACAGCAGAGCUCUGGUAGUUCUCUAGCAAUUGCCUCUUUUGGCGUGGGCUCUUCCUGUUCUGCGACUCCGAUCAAAUCAUCGUCCAUCUCAACCCCGACCAUCACUUGAUCGUUUCUUUCUUUGCAUCUUUUCGUUUGGUUCUUUUUCUUCUUCUCGUGGCUGGCCUCAUAUUUCACUUUACAACUGCAUCAAUACUCGACUUUUAAUACUCAGUACGGUUUCCCCGUUUCUUUUCAGCCUUGACGAGUUCAACAACAUCGACGAAGACCAAAUUCAGACUUUGGGGACCACAACCUUAUACCCACUGUCAAAAGUCAAAUUGGCAUUCUUGCAGCUCAACACUUGGCAUUCGAUCCCACGUGCGUUCAGCUCCUGCAGUCGGCGCAAGACAUCGCACAGCAACCAGGACUAAUUGGACAGUCGAAGUCGCUCAGAUUUCGGCACUUCUAUUACCCGCUUGCAUAGUCCCUGCUUAUCGCUGGGAUUCACAAGUGCGACGUGCUUGCAUUUUGUGGCUAGCCUCGAUUGUGGCACAACAAACAGAACACAUCUGAAUUAGCGUAACGAGAUCUGUUCCAGCAGGACGGAGAUUUUUGCUUGGUUGCAUUGAGUUGCCACCAACAAAGAACCCAGCAUCGGUCGCUAAAGUACCUCGCAUCCCGAGAAUUCGAUCGCUGCCUGCGUUUGCUGCUCUGUCAGCCUGCAGCUACGUGCUAAGCCAAGCUAGCUUACUGUGUUGUAUCCGUUUCCGAAGAAGCCGCACCCCUGCCAGUUGUGCUGCGUCCACUGGGACCCGCCCCGAAAAUACCUAAUCACACGUACCAAGCAAGGCCCAAGUACCGUAUAACCGCCCGGUAAUCAGAGCAAAGCCACUCACUAUGGCCGCCGACUCCGCAAUCUGCUCGCCCACUUCGCUGCUGCAUCCCACUCUCUCGCGCCCCGAGGGUCUUAAAACCUCGGAACGUCCCAAGACGUCUUCGGUGGCAUUUAACGAUCCUGUAUCCCUCAACUCUGUCCUCAGCCUGGACGACGCCAAAUCUAAGAUUCGCAAGAAUGCAGCCGAUCUGACCACAGUAGCGCCUGCACUCGCUGCCGCCUCCGCAUCCGCAUCUGCAUCUGCAGCAGUCGCCGCUGAUCCUGUUACCUCUAAGCUCUUGGGCCACCACCGAAGUACGCCUUCGGUUGACGGAAUCCCCCGUCAGACUUUGAUGAAGGCUCUAGCAUCAGUUGCCCGCAACAACAAGCCCGAUCCCCUUGCCUUGAACGGCAUGCUCUCCAAACAGACUGGGGCUGAUCCCCGCCCUGAUACGGCCACGUCGUCGCAGAAGCUCUGCGAUGCCCUCAACGACUUGGCCGCACGCACUUCAACUCCCACCACAGCCUACCCCAGUCUCCAGUCACCUUGCUUUUACCACUCGCGGUUCGAGGAGAAUGUCAACAUCGACAAGGUCCUCGAGGAGAUCAAGAGCGAUGAGUACAUGUCGCAUUCCCGUCUGGUGCAGACUGCCACCGGCGUCCGAGAGGUUGCCAAGCAGUUGCAGAGGAGACCCAUCAAGCGCGCAGUGCGCAACAUCAUGAUCGUCACCAAGGCUCGCGACAACGAGCUCGUCCUCCUCACCAGGGAACUUACUCAGUGGCUUCUCAGGACUCCGCGUUACGGCUCCAGCUUGGGUGUCAAUGUCUACGUCGACGCCAAGCUGCGCAACUCGAAGCGUUUUGGUGCGGCCAGCAUUCUGGCAGACAACCCCCGCUUCGAGACGAUGCUGCGCUACUGGUCCCCCGACCUGUGCUGGAGCCAUCCUGAGAAGUUUGAUCUGGUCCUAACUCUGGGUGGCGACGGCACUGUGCUCUUCACCUCUUGGCUGUUUCAGCGAGUCGUACCCCCGGUCCUCUCCUUCAGCCUUGGCAGCUUGGGUUUCUUGACCACUUUCGAAUUUGAAAAGUACAAGGCUCACCUGGACCGCAUACUCGGCAAUGAGGGUAUGCGUGUCAACCUGCGCAUGCGCUUCACCUGCACGGUCUACCGCGACGGCUCGUCCAUGGGCCAAGAGCAGAUCAUGGAGGAGGGUGAGCAGUUCGAGGUCCUGAACGAGCUCGUCAUCGACCGCGGCCCAUCACCCUAUGUGUCGAGUCUGGAGCUGUACGGUGACGAUGACCUCCUCACCGUCAUCCAGGCCGACGGCUGCAUCUUCUCAACCCCCACCGGCUCGACCGCCUACUCGCUGUCGGCUGGUGGCUCGCUUGUCCACCCGGAUAUCCCCGCAAUCCUGCUCACCCCUAUCUGCCCCCACACUCUGUCCUUCCGGCCUAUGGUGCUGUCGGACACAAUGCUGCUCAAGGUGACUGUGCCGCGCAACAGCCGUGCGACGGCCUACUGCGCCUUUGACGGCAAGGGCCGCGUUGAGCUGAAGCAGGGUGACUGUGUCACAAUCACGGCAUCCCAGUAUCCCUUCCCGACCGUCGUCCGGACCGACACAGAGUGGUUCGACUCAGUGUCGCGCACCCUGCGCUGGAACACGCGCGCCGCCACCCAGAAGGCUUUUGAGCCCGGCACUAAGGAGGGUGGUGCCUCUGGCAUCGACGACAGCGAGGAUCCUGAUUGGGACAUUGACACCGACUCGGCCUGCUACGUCAGCGAGGAGGGUAGUAUGGCGGCCAGUCCGCUACGGAGGCAGAUGAGCCUCCUUGGCAUGUAAUCUUCUGUCUACAUUCUCGACGUAUAUGCAUCUCAUUUACGCAAAACAACAAAAAGAGAUAAACCAACUUCCUUUUUUAUACUUCAUGAUAAAGAACCUUUUCUGCAGCAUUUUGGGCGAGCAUCAUUCCAACACUUGACGAGUCGUCGUGAUGGACACAUUUUACACCGGACAAUGUUUUGUUUCCCUUUUUCUUAGAGGUCUUCUAGACAUCAACCAUUGCAUGGGAUGUGGGUAGAUCUUCCCGGUAUUUACAUAGUUUAAAGAGUAUUUACUCCCC